UUGGGUCAUUGGGUAGUGGGGAAACACACCGAUGGGAAAUGUGAGGAGGUAGAGACUGUGAAGCAUGUCCUGUUAUAUUGCAGUUGGUAUGCUGAGCAUAAGGAAGACAUUUUCUGUGAGCUGGCUGAGUCGGGUGUAACCACAUUUAAGCUUGUAACAAUUGUGGACUCAAAACGACAUGCAGAGAAAAAUGGCAAGGAAGCUGUUGUCGUUUCCCUAUUCCACCGGCCUGCACAUUCGGGUGACGUUUAAAAAAUAUAUAUUUAAACGUGUAAUUCGCACUCCGACCUGAGAAAGGCAGCAAUACAGCACAAGAAGACGAAGCAGAAGGGGACGAUGAUGAUACUGAUACCACCGAUACCCCGGCUGUAACAACAUUCAGCCGAUUCAUAGCUAGUUGUGGCUACAACGGGGUGUACUGUUACAUACAGUUUAGGGCCCGGAGUUUUAGGGGGCUUGUGCUUUAUAACAUUUUCAAUGAUGGUGAAACUCUAAAUAAACAUUUUAGACACCACUAGAAGAAGACAGUGAAGUGACAUUUCAAGGAUAACUCUCAGAAAUAUUUUCGUUCCGUUCUGCCAUUGCUUUGGAAACUAGCUUACGUUAGCAUGCUAGCUUGUAGCUAGCAUUUGUGAGGUUGUGGAGGCGUAAACGAGAGAAGGGGGAUUGCAACGCUCUUUUGUGUUUUAGUUCACAGUUAUCUUUCGUUUAUAUUGUAUUUGUUUUUCUAAUUUACAUUCAGUGACAUAUUUAUGUGCGAUUUCAAUGUUGGUAAUGAAACGUCAUUGUGUUAACCCAGCUAGCUAUCUUUGUUAACGAUAGCUAACGUUUGCGUUGAACACUAACAUUAGCUAGCUAGCUAACACAAAGGGGAAUUCUAGUAGCUAGCGUGAGCUAGUUAACGGUGGAGUUGACUGUAUUGCUAGCAAUGCCUUUGUAUUUUCCUCUGUUCUGGAACAAUGCAUAGCACAAAGGUUAAUAUCAUACUAGGAUAUGGGGUGGCACGUAUAUCUACACAUGUAAUGUGACGAUGGAUUAAUAUUGGCUAGGAAUAGAUAGAUAGCUUACAUUAGAGUAAUCGUUAGCUAGCAGUUAGCUAAAAAUUCAAUGUCGCUAUUUUGUUGUUAUGCUAACUAAUUAGCCAGCCAGUUACAACGGACUGUUGCGUUCAACGGUUUGAUUGCAGUAUUUUGUCAAGACGGCUAUAUUAUUGUUUGUUCAUUGUCAUCUAGCUAGCAAGAUAACUUUAUAAGAUCUGUAUUGGCUGUAUAAUUGAUUGUCAAUCACUGUCGGUUUUCUGGCCAGACAGGAAUUGGCAAACGUUAGUUAAAAUAACUUUAAAUCCGUAGCAAUCUCAUUGGUUGCUUUUGUUUUUGUCACUGCCUAAAUGUUUUUGGGACACCAAAGAAGAGAGCUUGCCUAGUUACAUUUUUGGGAACAUUGUAACAAGUAAUAAAGUAAUAACAAAUAUAAUUAGGCCUAGUUCAUUAGCUAUAAUGGCCUACUACACAUUGAGCUCAAAUGGGAUUUCAUCUUCAUCAUGGAUCUUUCUACACAUGGUCCUCCUCAUAUUCACUGGAAUUGCAGUUUGCUCCCAGCACAACGAGAACGUUUACGUAUCGGGGAUUUCUAAUGCCUGUGGAGAUGUUGCAGAGCAGAUCAGGGCGUCCAGUGGAGUGAUCACCAGCCCUGGCUGGCCCUUCCAGUACCCCUCCAGGAUCAACUGCAGCUGGAACAUCAGGGCUAACCCUGGGGAAAUCAUCACCAUCAGUUUCCAGGACUUUGAGAUCCAGAGCUCCCACCGUUGCGGCCUGGACUGGAUCUCCAUUAGCACCUACAAGAACCUGGACGGCUAUCGGGCAUGUGGCUCAUCCAUCCCAGCCCCUUACAUUUCCUCCCAGGACCACGUGUGGAUUAAGUUCCACUCAGACGAUAUCAUGACUGGCAAGGGCUUCAGGCUGUCUUAUAUAACAGGAAAAUUGGAGAUGAUCAGCUGCGACUUGGACCAGUUCCACUGCUCCAACGGAAAGUGCAUUCCGGAGUCGUGGAAGUGCAACACCAUGGACGAGUGUGGUGACAACUCUGACGAGGAGCUGUGCGUCCAGCCCAACCCCUCGGCAGCAUUCUCCUUCCAGCCCUGUGCCUUCAACCAGUUUCCCUGCCUUUCCCGCUACACCCGCGUCUACACCUGCCUGCACGAGUCGCUCAAAUGCGAUGGCAGCAUCGACUGCCAGGACCUUGGUGACGAGAUCGACUGUGACGUGCCUACCUGCGGCGAGUGGCUGCGGAACUUCUACGGCACCUUCAGCUCACCCAACUACCCUGACUUCUACCCACCAGGCAGCAACUGCACCUGGCUUAUCGACACAGGCGACCACCGCAAGGUGAUCCUGCGUUUCAUGGACUUCAAGCUGGACGGGACGGGCUAUGGGGACUACGUCAAGGUGUACGACGGCUUGGAAGAGAACCCUCGCCGUCUACUCCGCGUCCUCACAGCCUUCGACUCCCGUGCCCCCAUGGCCGUGGUCUCGUCCUCGGGCCAGCUGCGCGUUCACUUCUACGCUGACAAGAUCAAUGCGGCCAGGGGCUUCAAUGUCACCUACCAGGUGGACGGGUUCUGUCUGCCCUGGGAGAUCCCGUGUGGGGGCAACUGGGGCUGCUACACGGAGCAGCAGCGCUGCGACGGUUACUGGCACUGCCCCAAUGGUCGUGACGAAGUCAACUGCAGCACCUGCCAGGAGGAUGAGUUCCCCUGCUCCAGGAACGGCGCCUGCUACCCGCGCUCGGACCGCUGCAACUACCAGAACCGCUGCCCCAACGGCUCGGACGAGAAGAACUGCUUCUUCUGCCAGCCUGGCAACUUCCACUGCAAGAACAACCGCUGUGUGUUCGAGAGCUGGGUGUGCGACGCGCAGGACGACUGCGGCGACGGGAGCGACGAGGAGAGUUGUCCGGUCAUCGUGCCCACACGGGUCAUCACGGCGGCGGUUAUAGGAAGUCUCAUCUGUGGCCUGCUGCUGGUCAUCGCUCUGGGCUGCACCUGCAAACUCUACUCCCUCCGGAUGUUUGAGCGCAGGUCAUUUGAGACCCAGCUGUCCAGAGUUGAGGCUGAGCUCCUGAGGAGGGAGGCUCCUCCGUCGUAUGGCCAGCUGAUCGCCCAGGGCCUUAUACCCCCGGUGGAGGACUUCCCUGUCUGCUCCGGCAACCAGGCGUCUGUGUUGGAGAACCUGAGGUUGGCUGUUCGCUCCCAGUUGGGUUUCACCUCCAUCCACCUGCCCACCUCCGGUCGCCACAGCAACAUCUGGCAACGCCUCUUCAACUUCACACGCUCACGGCGCUCCGGCUCACUGGCCCUGGUGUCUGCCGACGGCGAGGACAACAGCAGCGGUAACGGUGGCUGCUCGGCCCACGAACCCGACAGGGCUGGACCCCACCGUGGGUUGCUGCCCCUCGACUCGGACGACACAGAUACAGAGAGCGAGCGCCGGGAUGUCCCUGGGGCUGUGGGGGGGCUUGUAGCCCCCCUCCCCGUAAAGACCCCUCCGGCAACUGCAGUGGAGGCCAUCGUCUCGGUGUCGACAAACUCCACCACUCCCGCCCCUCUGCCCAGCCGUAGGGACAGCCACCGGGCUAGGGCCAGCCCGGCAGUGGUGGAGGCACACACCAUGGAGACCCCAGGGGGAGAGGCAGCAGAGCCUCAGUGUACUGCGACCGGGAGGAGCCAGCUGAGCAGUGCCCUGAGCCGGGUCACCCGCAGCCUGCACUGGGUACGUUUCUCCCUGGGCCGCUCCGGAGGCUCCUCGGGUGGGGGAACCCAGAACCACAGCCCUCUGAGGCACCUAGAGCACGGAGCAGGGACCAGGGAGGACGAAGACGACGUGGAGCUGCUUAUCCCUGUAUCGGAUGCUGCCUCGGACACUGACUCCACCAGCGAGACCUCCAGGCUCCUCAGCUUGGAGGUAGGUCUAGAUCAGGCUGCCCCCCGCCUAUCAUCCCCAGCCUCUCUCAGGUCAGGCCUGAUGUCCCUGGGCCGGAACGGGCCCUGUGAACACUGUAGCAUGGUUCACACCGCACAGAUCCCAGACGCCUGUCUGGAGGCCACAGGCAAGACGGAGACCAAUAGUGAUGACGAGUUACUUCUGCUCUGCUAAUAGCUCUAACCUAAAUUACGUUACAGUUUGACUCAACUGACUGUCAAAAUGGACCAUCCCUGUAAAACUUUGCCAUUUAUUUUCUCUGGAAGAGGGCGGGGGUAAAUGUCAUUUUUAUGCCCUGUUUUUGAAACGUCUGUAGUUCGUACUGUAUUGCAGUCUUCUUGGUGUAUUCAUCAGAUGGUACAAUCUCUGCCCAACCUCCCCCUCUUCCCCUCCAAGUUCCACCUUUCUCUCGGGAGUUCCAACUCAGCCUGGGAACUGGGGAGUAGAACUACUGAACCUUGACUUUGUCUAGCCGAGCAGAAGUUGAAUUGCCUCCAUAGCAACAAGACACGUGCACCUGUGAGUUUGGCUUAGCUCAAGGCAAGCAGAGUGGGACUGAGGUUUAUAACAACGCAGGCGCAGCACCUCUUCUUCUCACACUCAUUUGGGAUGAAGCAGAAUAAAUCAGCUGUCUUUUUAUGUUCAAGAAUAAUGGUACGAGAGAGACCAAGUAUAGAGUACGGACAUUUAACAAACUAGAGCCUGUGAAAAGCUAGACGAGAUUUAAAAAUAGCUGUCAGCUUUAUUUGAUGUCAGUUGUUUCUUCUUCUUCGGUACAGGGAAUGUGAGGGUGAGGGCUCUGAGUAUCUGUGGCUUACCGUGUGAUGGUAUGUUUGUUUCAUUUCAGUUCAAUGGGAGGCUGUGUAACUCCUUUUCUAUUGAAAGGUACUGAUGUGUUCUCACGCGUGAUCUUAGCAAGAGCAGUUUAUUUAUGAAAAGUGAAUUGCAGAGAACCUCUUUCUGAAGACGAAACAUUGUAUAACAUCCACAGAUGUUUGUUGUAUUUAUUGUUUUGUUUCCUGUUUUGGUAAUUUCUGUGUUUUGGUACUGAGAAUACUUGUGCCACUUGUGUAUUUAUUUCAUUUUCAGUAGUUAUUACUUGUGAAGAUGCAUGUCAAAUUGUCUUGUGCUAUUGUUUUGUUAAAGUGAUACAUUGAAAAACAAGUAUAUAAGCAUAACUGUUUUCUGCAUGUAGAAAAUCAGAAUAAAGCAUUCAUCCUG